UACUAGUACUACUACAGCGCCGACGAAAUCACAAACAACACUCACAUCAUCACACCACACCUACUUUAUCAUAUUCAUAGCACAAAAAGUAACUAAUUCAAUUCACCAUUUUGAUUGAUUCUAUUUCAAUCCACAAUCAUACCAUAAUAUUCAUAUUCAUAUUCAUAUUCUCUGCGUUGUUUUCAAAACCACUGUUUGGAGUUUGGACGACCAUGAUUGGGAUUGAAUUAGCAUGAGAAGGAAUUGGGAUUGCAUGGUAGUGGUGGAAUGGACGAAUUGCCAGGGGCGUUUGGUACAAGCGCCAGCUUCGCUCUCCGAUUGGGGCAAACCGUUUUUUCCUCCGCUUCCCUUCUCUUCAUGUGCUUGGGCGUUGAUUUCUACGGCUACACUGCUUUCUGCUUUUUGGUGACAGUCAUGGGUUUGGUAAUUUCCUGGAGCAUAACUCUGCUGGUCGUAGACGCAUAUUCCGUCUUUAUAAAAUGCUUACCACAUCAACGAAAACUCAUAUUGAUCGUCUUUCUGGGAGACAUGGUUCUGUCAUAUCUCUCACUAGCGGCAGCUUGUUCAACGGCCAGUGUCACAGAUCUUUUGCUUGAUGCUGACGCUUCGUAUUGCCCGGCGAAGUUAUGUGGUAGAUAUCAGUUAUCUGCUGCUAUGGCCUUCUUGGCUUGGUUUCUUUCAUCAGCUUCCUGUCUGUUUAACUUUUGGCUUUUGCCUUCUCUGUAAAAUAUCUUGCUCCUUGUUUAUAUGUACAGGAAGAUUGAUCAUGACUGGGGCGCGAAUGACGAAGUCAUUUGUUCUUGUCCUGAUAUUUUUUGUUCCCAUAACAAUGAAAUUCUGAUGACUAUAGCCAACAAUGUAAUAAUCAUUUUUCGAAUGCAAGAUAAAUACAAAAAUUCCAGCUAUUGGUUCUCAA